AUGUCGACCCAUUAUGCCACUGAACCAGCACCGACCGCGUCCGCAACGCUCAACACAACCUUCGGCCCCCUCCAUAUCGCGCUCUUCGCAAAGCAAACCCCGCUAACAUGUCGCAACUUCCUGCAACACUGCAUGGACAAUUACUAUGCCGGUACAAUAUUCCACCGCGUUGUCCCUGACUUCAUCGUCCAGGGCGGUGAUCCAACUGGCACCGGCUCCGGCGGCACAUCCAUCUACGAAUACCCUGAAUUCGAGUACGAUCCUGACGCGCGCGACCCGAACGAGAAGGUUGUACUCCGGGAUGAGCUGCAUAGUCGAUUACGGUAUAACCGGCGCGGGCUGGUGGGUAUGGCGAAGAGCGAGGAUGGCACGUACGGAAGUCAGUUCUUUAUCACCCUUGCCAAUACGGAGCGCGAAUUGAAUGGGCAGUGUACACUUUUUGGACGCAUUGAAGGAGAUACAUUAUACAAUAUGUUGAAGAUUGCGGAUGCGGAUCGUAUUGAGGGGACUGAGAGGCCCGUAUACCCGGUGAAGAUUACAUCCUGCGAAGUGGGCGAUCUAGGGCCGUUCGCAGAUAAAGUGAAAAAGAGGCAGGUUGUGGCUACGGGGCCGAAGACCGACGAGAAGCCGGCUGCGAAGAAGAAAAAGAAGUCCAAGCCCGGUAAGGUUUUGCUUAGCUUUGGAGGGGAUGACGAGGAGGGUGAGGAGGAUAUGCCAAUUCGACCUGCGAAACCGAAGUUCAAUCCUACUCUUGUCACAGACGCAAAACUCCCAAAAAAGGAUACAUCAUCUACGAAAGAUCCGUCUUCACAGACGCGUAAAAGACCUCGUUCACCAUCACCAAAGCCAACGCGCCAACCCUCUCCUCCAUCGAGAGCUCGCGCAAAAACACCAGACCACGCGAAUCAACUUCCAUUACCGGACCCCGAAUCUCCAGAACGCUCCCCUUCACCACCACCAAGACAGUCAUUCCUGUCACGAACAAAUGCCGAAAUCGAAAACCUCAAAAACUCCAUGCGCCGCACGGUGCAAGCCCCAGAGGCCGAAUCAAAGCCGAAAUCUGCGCUCGAGGCCAUGAUCCCUCAAACAGCAAUCCGAGGUCGCAAACGGCCGCCUCCAGGAAGUGCCAAUGCCGGCUCAGGCUCUACAUCGAACGGAAUCACAGGCUUCAGCAGCACUAACAGCGCCGAAGCCGAGGCACUGAAGAUGUUCAAUGCAUUCAAGGCCAAGCUGGAAGGUUCCGGCUCCCAGCCCACCACAUCGUCCUCAACCAAGCACACCUCAGCAUCUAAACCCAGUGCAGCCGCACCAACAGAAAGUGAAGAAGGCGACGCCGACGAAGAAUCCCAGCUCUGCGACCUCCACUUUAUCGCAAAUUGCCAAUCAUGCAAGUCAUGGGAUAGCUCCGGAAACGCUGCAGCCGGCACUGCUACUUCUGCAGACAACGACGCCAACGACAGCGGCUGGCUCAGCCACCAACUCCAUUUUGGGAAGGACACACUCGGUAAAGACCUGAGCUGGAAAAAGGAGCAUCAGGAAGCCGACUCGCUUAUGGUGAUUGAUCCCCGUGAGCGGGAGAAGGAGAUUACUGGUGGGUCUGGUUCGAAACGAGGGAAAGGUAGGGGGUUAGAGAGGGACCGCGAAAGGGAGAGGAAGAGAGGAAGGGUGGGAGAUUUGGAGUGGUCGAAGAAAUAA